AUGAUGGAUCCCACAGCUGAAGACCUAGUUCAGUUAUCUGGCAACCAGACCCCUUAUGGAGGCCAGAUGACCUGCGGUGGGGACCAGACCCGUUAUGGAGGCCAGAUGACCUGUGGUGGGGACCAGACCCGUUAUGGAGGCCAGAUGACCUGUGGUGGGGACCAGACCCGUUAUGGGGGCCAGAUGACCUGUGGUGGGGACCAGACCCGUUAUGGGGGCCAGAUGACCUGUGGUGGGGACCAGACCCAUUAUGGAGGCCAGAUGACCUGUGGUGGGGACCAGACCCGUUAUGGAGGCCAGAUGACCUGCGGUGGGGACCAGACCCAUUAUGGGGGCCAGAUGACAGCUCUUAAAGGGGGCUAUCCACUGACCUUCACUGGGAACCAUACCUUCACUGGGGGCCAGGUGACAACACACAGCAGUGACAAGACUCUCUAUGGGGGAUUCCCGGACUGUUCAAGUUCCCAUUUGACCCAAGGACAACCCCUAGAAGAGCAGAAGUCAAAACUCAAAACCCAGAGAUGUCAGUUCAAGAAGAAUCUUGACAUUUCAAAGCCCUACAUUUGCACAGACCAGGACUGUAAGAAAUCAUAUUCAAAGAAUUCCUAUCUCGGCCGAGAGGAUCGCUUCACUGGGGCAGUCUCCGCAUCUCAUGGGGAGACAGACCUGCUGCCUUUGAUUGGUCUUGGUCCUCAUACCUCCAGGAAGAAACCGGAUCUCGAUAAGCUCUAUGAGCUGAAGUCCAAAGCUCCGCAGAACCAGUUUGGCCCCUCAGCCCUCAUCAACCUGUCCAAUUUAUCAGCCAUAAAACGGGAACCAGUCAGCACCCCUCCGCAAGGCUCCAUGGCCAAUAGCACUACAGUGGUAACAAUACCAGGCACGCCUGGGUCUGGAGGGCGUCUCAGCCCUGAAGACAAUCAGGUGUUGACCAAGAAGAAAUUACAAGACUUAGUGAGAGAAGUGGAUCCUAAUGAGGAACUGGAUGAUGAUGUAGAGGAGAUGCUGCUGCCGAUGGCUGAUGGUUUUAUCGAGAGUGUAGUGCCAGCAGCCUGCCAGCUGGCUCGGCAGCGCGAGUCCAGCACCCUGGAGGUGAAGGACGGCCAGCUGCACCUACAGUGCCGGUGGAACACGUGCCUCUCAGGAUUUGGCUCUGAAGAAAUCCGACCCUACAGAAAAGCUUGCACCACAGAGGCUCACAAACAGAGAAUGGCAUUGAUCCGGGAAAUAACCAAGAAAUAACCCAUGGAAAGAUCAGGGAAUGGACAACAUUGUUUUUGGAGAUGCUUGAGCUGAGACCUCAGCCAUCUCAUCUUUGGACUUUUUUUUUUUAAUGCUUUACAGAGAAGCAUAUAUAUUUUUAUUAACAGUGCAGCAAUAUCUAUAAUGACUGACAGGAUCUGCCAAAAGAAUAAAGCCUCCUGCCCCCACUUUGGCCCUUUCCCCUGCCGCCUCUAAGAGGGGCAACUGAUCUUCCAGAGAAGAUUUUAUUUGUGGUUUAUUAUAUAAGUGAUUGAAUAUGGGACAAAGCAGUGUGGUCUGAUUUCGUGAGACAGUAUUAGCAGGAUUGGUAGAGGUUUUUGUUUCCU